UUACAGUUUGUUAGUAUUUGCACCUUUUAGUAUUGUUACGGAUAUUUGAUUAUUGUGACUCAUUUAUUUGUUAUUUGACGUUUGUACUGAAUGGAUAUAUAUUCAUAUUCAAUUAUCCUGAUUUCUGUGUUUUUGUGCCAAGAAAUACAAACCCAACAGUGUGUAAAGAAAAAAUGCGAGAGCAAAAAUGGUGGAUACAAGUCCUGUAAAGUUAAUGCAGUACCAGAUGACAACUUCAUUACUUCUGUGACUGUCAAGGAGGAGAAAGACUCUGAUGAAAGUGAUGAAGUUUUUUGCGUAUUUAAUGUAACCUAUGGCUACACUUCCAACACAAUAUGGGUAAAUCAAGGAUGCAGGGCUGACUUUAUAGCUUGCUACAGUGGAGUAAAAAUUUCUUCUACAUCCGUACCUUCCACAACAGAAAAGAAAAAUAAUUCAACUGCAUUUUCAAGUUACAUGAAUGCAACAGCAAGAUCAGGUAUAUCAACAAAACAUAUCAACCAAUCCACAUCUAGUCAAAUGAAGAUGAACAGCAACAAAAGCAUAGCAGGAUUGGUUGCAGGCAUUAUAACAGGUGUUGGUUUCAUUGCUUUGAUAAUUUUAAUCUUCAUUUUUAAACGUUUUUCUUUGUCCUGUUUUGCAAGGAAUGUCCCUUAUGAAAAUAAAAAUGGUGCACAAGGUUACACAGGGAAUCAAAAUGCUACUUACAUCCACUCAAACGCUUCUGAUAUUCAAGAAAAUAAUAAAAACUAUACCACACUUGGAAAUGAAACAGAUAGUCAUUACUACAGAGAAUUUAAAAAUUCCCCGCAAAGUGAAAGUGAAUACAAUAAUAUCGAACCACAUUCUUAUAUGACCGUGUAUGACUCCUUUGACCAGAAUAAACAAUCGGCAUUGACUAAUGCCACAUAUGAGGAAGUCCGACAAACAGAGAAAGGUUUUACGGAAAUUCUUGGAAAAACUGGAGCCAAACAUUAUGAUUAUGCGGAAUUUGCAACAAACAUCACAAAUUCACAAUAUGAUACUCACUCAAAGAAAUCGAGUGAGCCACACGAAUACUUUAUCCUUGACCCAAACGAAACUACGUACGAAAAUCAUAAAUGUCACAGUUCUGGAAAAGAAUCAAAUUCUAGUCAGACGAAGGACUAUUUUGUACUUGAUCCAAAAGAAACAGGCUUUGACAGAAGCUCAAUUAAAAACUUGGAUACUUCUUGAGAGUACAUGCUUCAAAAGACAACCGAUAGUAUAGGUCCAUAAUUUUUGCGGAGUAGUAUCAGCAAGUGAAGUUACGUGUAGCCAUGCACAAGGUUGAUUUAAUUUUUUUAUGUUAAUUAAAAGUUCUGUUCACUGACCUUAUUUUUUUAAUUGAAUUACAUGUGUUCAUCUAUUUACUCUCAAGGAUUCAAUACACUAUUAAUUGAAUUUAAAGUCAGAUAGAAAAAGUCAAACGAUUCCUUGUUUGCUUUCUGAAUUGCUAUAUGAAACAUUUUACUGUAAUAUUCCCGUAUAACUGACCACUUGUCACAUGUCAACCGAUUUGAUAAAAUCGUGAAUUUUUUUUUUUAUAACUCCAUUACAUAGAAGUUUCAUACGAAUCCGUAAUUUUAAUUGGUCGGAGCUUUCCAAACGUCAUAUUUUAUUUCCCAAUAAAAUUCAACAUCUA